UAUUGAUAAUUUUUUUCACUGCGUCAAAAAAUGUCAAUUGAAUCCAGAGUAUUUUGUCAUUGCAUUAAAUAAGAUUUGAAGCCUCUGACUGCGUUCCCCUGAAGCUGUUUGAUGGGGGACCACUUGAAACGUCACUUGUGAGCAGACAAUGACAAAGGAUAACAAUCACAAUACUCAACGCAACUUUAAUUUCCUUUUUCCUGCCCAAAAUUUACUUUCGUUUCAUGAUUUAAUCCAUCCACGUUUUGUCUUAUCACAUAACCACAACUCCGAAAUACACUCUUACAGGCUUACAGCUCAUUUUUCUGGUAUUUCUUUGCUCUUAUCAGGUUUGCUUUUCUUGUAGUUAGCUUGCUCUUGAUCCUCUCGUGAGUUUUGGCCUUGAUUGCCGGUAAGUUCUUGGUUAAAAUGGCAGCUGAACCAGUUAACUUGAAUGAAUUCCAAAUUAUGGCUAAGAAAGUCCUGCCAAAAAUGUACUAUGACUUCUACACUGGAGGAGCAGAGGACCAGUAUACACUGAAAGAGAAUGUGGAAGCUUUUCAAAGAAUCACGUUUCGGCCUAGAGUUCUUGUGGAUGUUAGCAGAAUUGAAUUGUCUACUACUAUACUUGGUCACACUAUAUCAUCACCUAUAAUGAUAGCUCCAACCUCUAUGCAUAAGCUAGCUCACCCUGAAGGAGAAAUUGCUACUGCCACAGCAGCAGCUGCAUGUAACACCAUAAUGGUUUUAUCCUUCUCUGCUACAUGCAGUCUGGAAGAGGUUGCUGCAAGCUGCAAUGCUGUUCGGUUCUUUCAAUUAUAUGUGUAUAAGAGACGCAGUAUAGCUGCCAACUUAGUGCAGAGAGCUGAAAGGAAUGGAUACAAAGCUAUUAUCCUCACAGUUGAUUGUCCGAGACUCGGUCGAAGAGAAGCAGACAUAAAGAACAACAUGAUUGUACCUCAGCUGAAGAAUUUGGAGGGUCUUUUAUCAACUCAAGUUGUAUCUGUGAGUACAAUAAUUGAAGACAAAGGUUCUAGCUUAGAAGCUUAUGCGAAUGAAACCUUUGAUGCUUCUUUAUGUUGGAAGGAUGUAGGAUGGUUAAAAUCUAUUACAAAAUUGCCAAUUGUGGUCAAGGGGAUACUGACUCGUGAAGAUGCCAUGAAGGCCAUAGAAGUAGGCGUCGAGGGAAUUAUUGUGUCCAAUCAUGGAGCUCGGCAGCUAGAUUUUACUCCUGCCACUAUUUCUGCACUGGAAGAGGUUGUUGAUGCUGUUAAAGGGAAAGUUCCGGUCCUCCUUGACGGAGGAGUACGCCGGGGAACAGAUGUUUUCAAGGCAUUGGCACUCGGUGCACAAGGAGUCUUUGUUGGCAGGCCUGCUAUCUACGGGCUGGCAGUGAAGGGAGGACAAGGAGUGAGACAGGUGAUUGAAAUGCUAAAGAAUGAGCUUGAGCUCACCAUGGCCCUUUCUGGCUGUCCUAGUCUCAAAGAUAUUAGCAGGAGCCAUGUAAGGACUGAGCGUGAGAGGCUCCAAUCGAUGCUCUAGUGCCGCCACAAAGUGUGCUUCAGCUAGGACUAGCAUGUUAAAUGGCAGCUGAGCCAGUAACGUGAAUGAGUUCCAAAUAAUGGCUAAGAAAGUCCUGCCAAAAAUGUACUAUGACUUCUACACUGGAGGAGCCGAGGACGAGUAUAAGCUGAAAGAGAAUGUGGAAGCUUUUCAAAGAUUCAUGUAUGUUCUUCAAACUGAUGACGGAUAGUGUUAAAGAACAGGACACUUCCUUUUAGUAAACCAUGUAUUUGGCUUCUCAGGACAAAUAAGAGCUUUGAUGCUUCUUUAAGUUGGAAGGUAGUUUUAACUUGCAUAAGAAUGGCGGCAACAGAACUCUUAAUUGUACAGCAGCUAGAGAAGAUGGAUAUGAUUUAGAGAAAAAUACUGCUUGGUUAGCCAAUUAAGAUGAUUCUUCAGCCUUCUUGAUGUUUAGGAUGUAGAAUGGUUAAAAUCUAUUACAAACUUGCCAACUGUGGUCAAGGGGAUACUGAUUCGAGAAGAUGGUCAAAACAGGCAGCUUCGAGGGCAUAUAAACGACAUCGUACAGGAAGCACUUGGACCCACAAAAUGAAAAUACGAUUACAACCUUUUCAUUUUCAAUGAUAGGUUUCAGUUCACUGAAGAGUUUCGAGAUACUAACUUCAUUUGCCAGAUUAGAACAUUGAUCGUCUCUCAGUCACUUACCUUCCAUUCUUUUUUCCUUUGACAUUGUAUUGUAAACUUGUCUUAGCAGUACUCUGAUCUCUGUUUAGGCCAGAUUCAAAUACUUUCAUCCAGG